AUGCAGCUCGGUGGCUACGCGAGGAUUACGCAGGCGGCGAUAUAUCGUGUGACCGACGGGGUCCCUGCCCUGCAGUGUGCCGGUGCCGUGCUUCAGCCCGGAUGGAUCCUCACGGCAGCUAGCUGCCUUCGCCGGCGGUCCGAGCAGCGGCUCGUCGCCGCCGUAGGGGAGACCAUCCUGUCGGGCUCGCUCGCAGACGACGUGCCGCUGUUCACGAUUUCCGAUGACGUCACCGUGUUCGACUACCUAGCCCUUGUGUCGGUGUCGCCGCACCCAUUCACACCGCAGAGGGACGUGCCGAAGGCGGUCUGUCUGCCGGAUGUCGACAGCAGCGCCACGUUGCGGUCGCUGCCGCUGACGGUGACGGGAUGGGGCGCCACCUCGCGGCUCUCCCGUCGACGUGUCCGCGCGGCGCGCGUCACUCUGCUACCGACCGCCGUCUGUCGGUCGGACACAUCGACGCAGGUAUUCAUCCGCCGACCGCCCGUCGUCUGCACGCUCAGUCCGAGACUGAUGACUGUCUCACAGCCGUGCGUCGCCACGACGGGCAGCCCUCUGCUGCGACUCGAUCCCUCCAGGCGGCGCUACGAACUCGUCGGACUUCUCACGGACGCCACACAGCAGGGGUGUCCGCAGACAGGUCACGUGACCUACACGUCGGUCGGCGAGUACGUGGACAUAAUCCGGCUCGCUAUUGCGUUGGGAAAGCAAUAAAGUAGGAGAGGAGCAAGUUACAACGAUGACGAUGGUAAUUUGUGGCUGAUGAUCGAGAUGAAGGCGGUUAUUAUUGAUCAUUAUUAUGAUCGUACGUCUACUAUGUACUAAGUACCCACGCGCGCAAUCAGCUAUCGCCACCAGACAGUGUCCGAAUGAUGGCGAUUAGAAAAAUCGAUGAAAUUAUUGUAUGUUUUUGUUGGCGCCGUGGUUUGUGUGCGUUCUGUCCAUAGAAAUAUAUAGAGACACUAGUCUACCUAGUAUAUUAUUUCUAUGGUUCUAUCCAAUCUCCCAGCCGUCGUAAUUUGCCUAUUGAGGCUUCUCGGCGUACUCAUCAAAAGAGAAGAUCAAGGUCAAGAUGAGUUAUAGAGAUGCGAGGAAGGUGGACGCAAGUCGUUCGUGCGCUAGAUGAAUACUAAUUAAGUUGGAUUCAUAAUUUACGAAACUCGGCGUGCAUUCAUUAUUGAUAGUGCGUGCCCACUAUAUAGACGCCUCUGAUGCUAUAUAAUAACAACAAAAUCUAGCGAUCAACGUCAGAGGAUUUUACGAGCAAUUAAUUUGACAACGAUUCCUAUAGUUUGCAUCCAUCGCGGUAGCAUUUCUCCUAGCAUAAGUAAGAUAGAAAGUGCACAGUCAGCUAAUCAGUCGGCUGCCUGUCGUGGUAAUUAAUUGACAUAAUGAGAUAAACAUGUACACAACGGGAAUAAUGAGUUAUGGCUAUAAUGAUUAUAUAGCUACGUGAACUGCGGAAUAUACAAAAAAUAAAUAAAAUCCGCUGGCCAGAUUUACGGUUGGAUUAAAGACUUUC